UGGUGAAUACUCAGUCAAAAGUCCAAUAUGGAGGGAGGGAGGGAGGGAGGUUUGAAUCAACUCUUUUCCUUCCCUUCCCUUCCCUGCUGCUACCUAUAUAUCUUUCCCUCCUUCCUCUUUUUAACCUUCAUACUCAUUCAAACACAACUUGUAUUGUACCUUCCUCUCUCUCCCUCAAUUGUCUUUUAACAAGCACCAACAAUAAUAAUGACUGACUUGUCCCCCACAGCUGAUAAUCUCGGUCAAUCCACCGCCGUCGAUAUAACCGGCAAGAUCAUGGUUGUUAUCAUUAUAAUUCUCUUCUUCUUUGUUGUUACUUUUCUUUUCUUCCAUCUUUUCGCCAAGGGUUUCUGGUGGUCUCAUGAUAGCCAGGCCGAUAACAAUUCCCAAUCCCGCCGCCGCCGCCGUGGUCAACAGGCUGCUGUUCUUGGAGAAGGAGGUCUGGAUCCUUUGAUACUAAACUCCCUUCCCGUAACGGUGUUCAAUUCGGAAAAAGAUGGUUUGGAUUUGGAGUGUUCAGUUUGUCUUGCUGAACUAGUUGAAGGUGAAAAAGUGAGGGUUUUGCCGAAAUGCAAUCACAGGUUUCACAUAGAUUGUAUUGAUAUGUGGUUCCAAUCUCAUUCAACCUGUCCCCUUUGCAGAACAACACUUGCCCCUACUACUCCUUCUUCACAAGUAGUAGAAAUAGAACCAUCAUCCGCUGCUUUUCCUACAAAUGUCUUGAUUUGGGGAAACCACGAUCAAACUGUCUCUUCUACUACUACUAGUUCGGAACAAAACACUUGUUCUUCAUCUUCUUCCUCAUCCGAGGGAACAAGUGAUGAUGGAAUGUUGAGGAUUGAUAUACCCAAUGACAGUGAGGCAACUACUUCAUCAUCCUCGCCCACUGCAGGAGGAGGGAGAUUGAGGUCGUUGAAGAGGCUUUUAAGCAACAGCAGACUAAAUCCUUGGAGUCCAACUGCUGCUGCUGCCACUACAUCUCUCCAACAACAAACAAAACCAAAGGAAUCAGCAGCACAACACAGCUGAGCUACCUAUAGUGUGGAUGGAACUCCAAUUUACCAAUUCAUUAUUCUUAUUGUUACUUGUGUGUAUAUAUAUAACAUAUACGCCCGCCCAAAUUCAGGCAGCGGCAAUCAAUACAGAUUCUUCUCUUUACGCAUUCAAUUCAUCAUCACUCAACUUCUAUUAUUACAUAACCUCAUUUAUCAUGCUCAAUUUUAGUAUAAACUUCUAUUACAUAAUUUAAUUCAACCAACUAUCAUCAAUAAUAAUCCAUUCAAUUAUUUAAUAUAUCGGUUAUACUAAUCCUAGCUUUCCACCCAAAUCAACAUCAUGCUAGAAUAUAAAAUUAUUUGUAAUGAUGAAUCACCAAUGUAAAAAACAAA